AUGUCAACACUUUGCUCUCGAGCAAACGUUGUAUCAAAAGACGGUGCCGUUGUUAUUUCGUGGCACCCAAGAAGGGAUAUUCCUUACGAUAAGACGAAACCUCUUCCCCACUACUUCGACGUAACCAAUUGCCAUGAGUCCCCCUUAAAGGUGCAGUUCGAUCACACUUCAAGACCAACCAUCCAAGAUGUUGCAGCUUCUCUUUGCAAGUCCUCACGAACACUCAAGCCGAAGUAUGGAAUAUUAACCAGAGCCUUUGUUUUACUAACAUUGAUUAUUUUAGGCGAAAAGAAAGAGCAUAUAGUCCAUACUACUGGGAGGAUCUUAUUUCUCGGCGUAGAUUGUGAGCCAUGGAUUUUUCUACAACUAUGGGCAUACGUCCCAUCAGUGAUCCGCACUUUUCCUUCUAAACUUUUCAAACUGCGGGAUUUUUAUUUCUUGAAAAUUUGGCACAAAUCAAUGUCGUAA